CACUGGGUGCGGCGUUUAUUUCAGCGGCGGCCAGUUUCCCCGGACUGGUCUAAAAUUAAGGUACCAGCAUCUCCUGCCUUCCAGCUCACUCUUGUGCCUGCUGUCCCUGACCCAGUCAUGCCUCGGGGCCAGAAGAGUAAGCUCCGUGCUCGUGAGAAACGCCGCCAGGCCCGAGGUGAGCCCCAGAGCCUUGAGGGUCCUCAGGCCACUGCAGCAAAUGUUGAAGAGUCCUCUGACUCUCCUGUUUCUGGGGAUACUCUCCCGAGUCCCCCUGCUGCUGACACUUCCCAGGAGCCUCGGGGAUCCCCAGCCACUAGCUCUCCUACUGCAGGUGUUUCACGCCCAAGAUCUAAUGUAGAUGCCAAGAGCCAAGCUGAGAAAACGAAAAAUUCCUCUCAGGCCUCAACUUCCCCUGAGAGUGCUCACAAAGAUCUUCUAACCAGGAAGGUGGGGGUGUUGAUGCAGUUCCUGCUAGAAAAGUAUACAAUGGGGGCACCCAUUUUGAAGUCAGACAUGCUGAAGAUCAUCCACAGAAGGUACAAGGAGCACUUUCCCGAGAUCCUCAGGAAAGCCUCUGAGCACAUGGAGCUGGUCUUUGGCCUGGAAUUAAAGGAAGUCAAGCCCAGCGGUCACUCCUAUAUCCUGGUCAGCAGCCUAGACCUCACCGCUGAUGGCAGUGUGAGCAGUGCCUGGGGCUUUCCUAAGAAUGGGCUUCUCAUGCCUCUUUUGAGUGUGAUCUUCUUGAGUGGCAACCGAGCCUCUGAGAAGGAUAUCUGGGAAUUCCUGAAUAUUUUGGGCAUCUAUGAUGGCAGGAAGCAUUCGGUCUUUGGGGACCCCAGGAAGCUCAUCACCCAAGAUCUGGUGCAGGAAAAGUAUCUGGAGUACCGCCAGGCACCCGGUAGUGAUCCUCCACGCUUCGAGUUCCUGUGGGGCCCGAGAGCCCACGCUGAGACCAGCAAGAUGAGAGUCCUGGAGUUUUUGGCCAAGGUUCAUGAUACAGUCCCCAGCGCCUUCCCAUUCCAUUACGAAGAGGCUCUGCGAGAUGAGGAAGAGCGGGCCCGAGCCAGAGCCACAGCUGCGGCUGCCUCUCCUACCCAGGCCGAUGCACGUUCCCAGGUCAAGUCCAGCCUCUCCUCUCCUCCCUAGAGAGGGCUGAGGCAGAUUCUUUGCUUUGUAGUUGUUGAGAGCUGCCAGCUUUUAAGUAGUGAGAGGCUAAGGUGGGGUUGGAGAGGCCAUAAUAUAUAUCUUCUUUGUUUUUCUGUCGUAUAUUGGUAGCUUACAAAUGUUCCUUUCAGGAAGAAUGUUUAUUUAGAUUUAGAAUCCAAGUUUAUAAAUGACAUAGAUCACACAUUGCUGUUUAUCAGAUUUAAGAGUAAGAGUUUUGGUGUUGUAUAAUGAAGCUAGAAAAUCCUUACAUCUUCUUCGGGUUCCACAACAACAUAAUACGGCUUUGGAAUGGAGAUUUUUCUUAAGAGUUAGAGUUUUGGUGUUGUGUAAUAAAGCUUGAGAAUCUUUGCCUCUCCUUUGGAUUCCAGAAUAACACAAUAUGGCUUUGGAAUGGGGAUUUCCUUAAGAGUAAGAGUUUUGGUGUUGUGUAAUAAAACUUUAAAAUCCUUGCUGCUUCUUUG